GACGGACUGCACACACCUCAACAAGCACCGCGAGCAGCAGCUGACAGGAGUCCAGAGAAUAAGUUUCGGCUCACAGGACUGAAGACAGCAGCAGGAGGACACUGGACGAGACUUUUAGCCGCUGACACUGAGCUGCACACUUUUGUUGGACAUUGGACUUUCACUCGUUCUCUUUUCGGAGUGACUUUGAAUUCCCUCUUGAUUUUGGGACACUGUUGAGAGAGAGGACGAGCGCAUGCUCUCUGCUGUUAACUCACUUUUGUUGACUGUGUUUCUAUAAGCAGCCGGUAAGCUUACUUUUCCUACGACUUUAUGUCUACAAAGAUGGAACAGCCUUUUUAUCAUGACGACUCUUUUCUGUCGGCUUACGGCCACUCAGAUGCUGCCAUGCACGACUACAAACUGCUAAAGCAGAAUAUGAAUUUGAACUUGACAGAGCCAUAUCGCAACCUGAAAUCACAGCUGAGAGCCGAGACAGACCUCUACCAGGGGGGGCAGCAGCAAGACGUGGGGUCCCUGAAGCUCGCGUCCCCUGAGCUCGAGAGGCUCAUCAUCCAAAACAGUAACGGGGUGAUCACCACUCCCACCCCGGGCCAGUACUUCUACAACCGGGGCAUCACCGAUGAGCAGGAGGGCUUCGCGGAGGGCUUCGUGAAAGCCCUGGACGAGCUACACAAGAUGAACCAGAUGCCCCCCCCUAACGUGUCCAUCGGUGCCGGCGGAGUUACGACGUGUUCCGCGGCGGCCUCUAGCGUCUUCGGCUCCACCUUGCAGCCCGAGCCUCCCAUAUACACAACACUGAACGCCUACUGCCCGAACACGAGCCUCUCUUCCGCAUCCAGCUACCCCACAGCCACCAUCAGCUACUUGCCGCCGCACCAGCAGAGCCACCCGCAGACCUCGACGCACGGCACGCACCCGUUCCAGCACGCUCUGCCCGGCGCAGGGCUCCAUCCGCAGCGGCUGGUCGCCCUGAAAGAGGAGCCCCAGACCGUGCCGGACCUCCUCAGCAGCGACGGCUCGCCUCCGAUGUCCCCGAUCGACUUGGAGACUCAGGAGAGGAUCAAGGCGGAGCGCAAGAGGCUGAGGAACCGGCUAGCGGCCACCAAGUGCCGGAGGCGCAAGCUGGAGCGCAUCGCCCGGCUGGAGGAGAAGGUGAAAUGUCUGAAGAACGACAACCAGGGGCUGUCCAACACGGCGUCCGUGCUCCGGGACCAGGUGGCUCAGCUCAAACAGAAGGUCCUGACACAUGUGAGCAGCGGCUGUCAGCUGAUGCUUACAAGCAAGAUGGAGGCAUUUUAAAACACCAGAGACUACUAACAGACUGAAAAGUAAUAACACUGGAGUCUGCAUGCGCAGCACUGGGACACCGGCUCAUGUGUGUGCCGUCAGCACUGACAGACACACGGGGUCGGGGCUAUGUGUAGACAUCUCUUUAGGCUAAUUAGGGUUUUAAGGACUGAUUGAAAUGGUACUUCCGGAUGCUGGACAUCGCUCAAAAGACCAUUCAACCCUUUGCACCAGGGCAGCAUCCAGACUGAGCAGACACUGAGCAACACGGCGGGCACAGGCCCAGAGGUCGGGUUUACUAAUGGUAGAAAAUGGGAAUGAUUAUUGUAUACUUUGUACUUUUUUUUUUUUUUUUUUGCAACUGAUAUUGUCAUGCAAUGCUGCAUUUAUUCAGUGUGUAAAUUAUUCCGUCUGCCCGGUUGAUCCGGACAAACUAAUGAUGUCCAAUGUUUACAUGUCUUUUUUUAUUUGUGAUGUGUAUUUAAGUAAAGUGUCUUCAAACGAAACGGAAA